UAAUCUAGAUAUUAUCGUCAUUUCCGAAUACUAAAUUAUGAUAUUUGCAUUUGCGUCAUUUAUCAAUGUCACUCAUUUUUCACUACUGAGUAAGAAUAAUAAAGAAUGAAUUCCAGUGAUUUGGUUGGACAUUAAUUUUAUUUAAUACACAGGAGAACUGAUUAAUUGGAAUAUAAUUGAAGUUUUGUGUUUGUGUAGUCUGUUUUUUUUUUAAUUUAAUGAUAAUAUUUUUUAAAUGAGCAGUUUAAAACCAUUUGUUUGUCUACUUUGUCUGAUGUGUUUAUCACAAGCUUUUCCAUUAUUGGAGGAAUCCGAUGGUAUUGUGUAUGACUCAUAUGCAUCAACACCGUGUCCUUUGGACAAAUCCAUUAACGAAGAAAAUAUAUUAACCAAUUAUUUGUGCGAAGAAGAACAAUAUGGUAACAUCAUGUGCAGUUGCAAUUCUUGUCCCAAUUGUCCCGAGUACAAAGCUACAGCAGACCAAGACGAAGAUCAUGAGGAGUUGGUAGCUUCAAAUUUUCAAAAUGAGAGAAGUGCUGGUACCCCUCCAUCUACAGCAGUACCAGCAAAGUCCACUGCCCCACCGAGGAAAAUUGUAUCCACGCCGCGGUGGUUAUCAUCAAAUCAAGGAAAUCAUGCUAACCACAAUCCGCCCCACAGUGGUCGAGAUGGCGAACACUUGUCACUGCCACUCAAGAGACUUGCAAAUCACACACAUUCAAAUAAUAACUUUAUUAGAUUUGGGUAAUCUUACCACACAUGUAAAAAUUAUCAUACAUACAUAAAAUCAAAUCAUUUUAGAAUAAUAAAAAACUGUAAACUGCCGAUUGUAUCUACUAGUA